CACUCUUUCUCUCCGCCGGUUGCGAUCACCCCAUUUUGCUGCUGCCAGUGAGGAGCUCGUAUUCCCUCACCCCUACAUCACAUGUGCGACCUGUUUGUUCCACUUCACUUCUAGUUUAGAACAGUCCAUCCAUCUUAUAUUUAGUAUAGGGAACUAGUAAGUGACGAAGGAGUGAUUGGUUAGACUGUUAGUCUUUACUGUUCAUGCUUAUUCAGUCGUUUUAUUAAUUAAUAGUUGAUUUAAACUAUUUUAUCACGAUGUCUUCUGAGUGGGAUACUAUGAAAUUGGAGAAAAUUCAAGUGCAGGAUUGGGAUGGGUUGGCAUCCAGUUUGCUGGGUGUCAAUACUAAACAUCUCGAUAUGAGGAACGUCUUGAUGCCUGACAAUCGUGAGGUUCGCAAGACCUGGAGGAGUGAUUGUGUCAGAGCGCUUAGUAAGAUAAAUACGUUGGUGAAGUUAGAUCUGUGUCGCUGCUCCUCGGAUUUUCUGGAGGAGAUUGUUGCCGUCUGUCCACAGCUGGAGUACAUAUCGGCUAGAGCUAUCAAGAACAGCCAAAUUAAUAUGACAAACUUAGGAAAUUGUCAAAAUUUGAUAGAAUUGAAUAUCAAAGGUCUGGAAGGGAUGACAGUAAUCAAUGUGUCUGUACUUAUGAAUCUAACUAAAUUGAAGCACCUGUCACUGAUAACGGUGAAGAACAUGGUGGAGGUACUGGAGGUGGUAGGGAAGAUGACUCAGCUGGAGUCUCUAGAGCUGGGGGAAAUGAUCAAUGUGGCAGAGACACAUGUGAUACAGGGCUUCUCGCAACUCACUAAGCUCACACGGCUUCGCCUCGAGAAGGGAAAACUGGACUGCCCCACAAAUGCCAUCAUGCAGACCAUCAGCAAGUUACCAUCUCUGAACCAUCUGGAGCUGAUCAACUUUGAUAUCACUAAAGAGUUUGAGGCCUUUGUAGGAAAAUGUUCCAACAUCAGUACACCGCUCUUGGUGCCCAUCAAUGCAAUACAGGUAAAUACGUUGGUGAAGUUAAAUCUGUGCCGUUGUACUUCGAAAGUCCUGGAGCAGAUUGCUGCCAUCUGUCCACAGCUGGAGUACAUAUCGGCUAGAGCUAUCAAGAGCCGUCAAAUUAGUUUGACAAACUUAAGAAAUUGUUCCAAUUUGACAGAAUUGAAGCUCAGAGGUCUGGAAGAGUUAAAAGUCGAAGAUGUGUCCGUACUCUUAAAUCUCAAUAAAUUAAAUCACCUGUCACUGACCGUGGUCAAGAACAUGGCAGAGGUACUGGAGUUGGUAGGCAAGAUGACUCAGCUAGAGUCUCUAGAGCUGGGGGAAAUGAUACGUGUGACACAGACACAUGUGAUACUGGGCUUGUCGCAGCUCACUAAGCUCAGACGUCUUCGCCUUGAGAAGGGACAACAGGACUGCCCUACAGAUGCCAUCCUACGAACCAUCAGUCUGUUACCGUCUCUGAUACAGUUAGAGCUUAUAAAUUUUGAUGUCAAGGCUGGAUUUGAGGUAUCCUUGGCUCGAUGUUCAAACAUCAGAAUACUGUUCAUGAUUCCCACCUAUGUAACACAGUCAGCACAUACCAACCACUUUGUGAUUGAGGGUGUAAGCAAACUGAACAAAACGCUGAACUACUUUGUUUGGGGACUAACACUAGAACUGUUGAAAGUCACGGAUUUGUUUAUCAACCAGUGGGAGAUGGGGCAGAAGAUGAAAUCGGCAAAUAACCCCACUCAAUAUCCUACACAAAAUCCACAGGAGAAUGUUGAAGGAGAUAGUAUUCCGAUCAUGAACCCUGCCAUCACUGAUUGUAUGGAAAAGGAGGGAGUGGUGAUGCAGGUGGAUGUGCUGCGAUUGCCUAAGGUGCACAAACUACUGACCACCCGACUACCCAACACAAAGAUAUUAAUCCUAAAAAUUCCGUUCAGUGCCACAUGGCGACAGACCAUUUCUGGUGUAAAUUAUUGAACUGUUAAUUUUUAAGAACUGACACAGGAUCGUUUUUCAGGGGUGUUAACCUUCUCACUGCUUGUUUAGCCCCAACAAUACUUUCAUUGUGGAUAUUCUGCAUCAUUUCUGUUGUUCAGUGUAAUAUUUCAAUCAAGAUAUGUUUGCCAGUCUUAAAUAUUUCACUUGUAUACUAUGUAUACUAUUUUUUUUCUGUAAAACAGGUAAUACUUUUUUAAUUACUGAUUCAAUUAUGGUAGUACCUAUAUUCAAAAUGUCUACUUUAUGAGCUAUUUAAAAGUACCAUUUCAUAAUUAUGAAAUUCCAAAUGACAAAUUGUUGUUGUACUAUGGCGGCUAAUAAUUAUGCUCGAAAUACUGUAUUGUAAUACUAAUGAAAGUCCAUCGCCACAACCUGUCCAAAUUUUUGUUUGUAAAAACUACAGUCGGGGCAUACUUGGAAUUGACAAAGCCUCAUACAUUUUUUGUAGGCCUAAAGGUUAAGCUGUAGUACAUUAGGUAUUUAGUUUGGUUUUGUAUAUUCUUGUUUCUUUGUUUAAAUAUAAAAAUUUAAGAUUAUUACAUUUUAAAUUUCUGAACAAUUGUACUUAAUUUACAUAAUAUUCCAAAUUGUUGAGUCAUUAUUGUAACUUAGUUUUAUUAAAAACUAUGGAACUAGUACUUUAAAUAAAGUUAUAAAUAAUUCAAAAUGUUAAGAAAACUGCAAUUUUAAAGAUAUGUUUCCAGUAGCAUUAUUUUUAAGAGUUGACUUUGGCAUAAGUCUCUCACUCUAAUUGCAUUUUUGAGAAUUAUUUAUAUUUGAUUUUUUAAUCCUAAAAUAAAGUAUAUAAAAUUGUAUUGUCAUAUUUAUUUGCAGCAUAGAACAAACAUUGUUAGUUUCUAACAUUUAUUUAAGAGUUAUAAUAAAUAGUGAAUUCACA